UUCAAUUUAAUUCAGUGCCUUUUAUCACUGUAGAAAAAAGCAUUUCUUUAACUGUGUCUAUAUGAACUUGUUUGAAAUGGAUUUUUAUACAUUGACAAAGUUAAAAAACCACUAAAUAUUUGGAUUUAUUUGAUCACGAAAAUUGCGUAUAUAAUUAGAUAAAUGCCAUUUAAAGGCCAGAUAUAUAUCAUUUUAUAUCACAAAACAAAUCUGCUACAUUGAAUGAAUAAGACAAUUCUAAAUUGCAAUACUGUUAUUCAAAUUUCUAAACAUCAUAAAAUGGAGAAACUUGAGCUACUUACUAGGAGCGAGAUAAGCGGUGAAAUAAUGACCAGACUGACGGCCUCGUCUAGGUUGCCCUUGAAAACAGACAAAUCCUUUACAAACGACUCACCAAGGUUCAAAUCGACAACAAUGUCGCAGAAGUCAAUAGCAGAAUUGAGUGCAAUUAUAUCUAAAAGAAGAAACGCGUAUAAUAGACAAGACUUUGCGUCAAACAAUAUCUUCAAACGGCAACCGAGCAUUCGAGAUUCACUGACAAAACCAGAGGCAAAGUACCGACUGACAGCAAAGCAGAAAGAAAGGCCUCUUUCAGAGAUUGUGGUGCCAAGUGACUGGAAGAAACGUCAUUGGGACGUGACUCCCAUCGAGAAAGCAAUUAACGGCGCCCCAAUUGAACGAGCACCUGUUCCACCUAAUACACCGAAACGAAAGGACAGAAUAUCUAAACGCUCUCAUAGAUACCCUGACCAAAAUGAAGGAACGAUCAGACCAAAACAAACUCGAAAAGAACAUACUAUUAAUGAGCAUGAGCAGGAAAAUGGUAUACAGAGUGAAUUAGAUUACAUAAGCCCGCUUAGAUCAGAAAUGACAAACACUACUGAAACGCUUUCAAAAUUCGAUAAACUCCCCUCAAUAUCCUCCAUGGGAAGUGAAUCCAUAAAGUCAGAAACGCAAAAAUCUCAAGAGACAAAUAGAGAGGCAAAGAGAAAGAGGCGGAAGGAGUUGAAAAGAGAAAUAGAAAAGAACCGUGCGAUGUCGGCGGUGGGGAAGAUAUCGUGGACAAAGGAUAUAGCGUCGUCUACAGAACUAUCUGCCCCUGGGUGGGGCAGCCGGACGCUGGAUAUCCGCGUGCUGGAACGUAUGGCCCGGGAAUCUCUCGGCAUGGAUGAAGUGUCUCGGGCGCACUCGGAGAUCCACGCGCGUUACUCGGCCAAGUACCGGAGCACACCGGACCUGCGGACCCGCCUCAGUGCUAACUCGCCAUUCCUUCCUAAGGCAGCAACAGAAGACUGCUUGAAAUGCUUGUUGAAAAUACCACACAAGAAAUGCGAAUCGCACAAGUAUAUCCGUGUGGGUGGUGGAUACCGGCACGGCUACUGGUACGUCAAGUGUCUGCUGGAGGAACUCGAACUGCAGCGACAACGAGAGUUAAUAGCCAAACAACGCCUGGAAGCCAUCAAAGAAAAACAGAUGAAAGCGAUCAAGACAUACAUCCGGACGAAAAGUGGACGACUGGUUGAGCGGAUCAUCUUUCUGACCGAGGAGGAUUACGAGGCGUUCAAGUCCGGAAAGGGCGCGGCCGACAUCCUCAAGAAGUACCUGUCCAAGGAUGAGGCGGCGGGUCUAGAGUCCUGGGACAAGGAUGAAGUGAAGGCUAUUAAGACAUACGUGCGCACCAAGAGCGGCCGCCUUAUAGAGAAGCUGAUCUAUGUGUCUAAGGAGGAUUAUGAUAAGAUCACCAAGGGAGAGGUGGAUGCUAAGGACUUGUUAAAGAAGUAUGUUAAAGAGGGGGAGACUGUGGAGGGAUGGGACGAGGCGAAGAUGAAGACUAUAAAGACUUAUGUGAGAACAAAGAGUGGUAGGCUGAUAGAGAAAACGAUUAUGAUUUCACAGGAGGAUUAUGAUAAGAUGAUAAAGGAAGGGUUGAAUCCAGCGGAUAUUCUCAAGAAAUACUUGCCAUUGGAGGAUGGCCAAACAAUAGAAGGAUGGGAAAGCGAGGAACCGAUGAAAGCUAUCAAAAUGAAAGUGCGUACAAAGAGUGGACGUAUCAUCGAGAAAACGAUCAUGGUUCGCGCGGACGAGUAUGACCGGCUGAUGGCCGGUGGGGCAGAUGCUGAUGCAAUUUUAGGGAAAUACCUCGGGGAGGAUGGAGGGACGUUGGAAGGAUGGGAGAAAGCAGAAGGUAAGCCUAUGAAGGUUAUCAAGACGCUUGUACGGACGAAGAGUGGAAGGCUGAUCGAGAAGACGGUGUUACUGACAGAGGAGGAGUAUGCGGCGUUUCAGGCGGCAGGCGGCGACCCUAAAUUCCUGGAACGUUUUAUGGACCUCGGGGCGGGCGAGAAGAUCGAGGACUGGGAGAAGGCGUCCACGGUGUAUGACGAUGACGACCCACAGCUCCAGAUGGCAAAGGCGGGUCAGCGUAUUGUCGGCGAGGAUGGGACAGUCUAUGAAGUUGUGGUGGACCCUCUUACAGGAAAGAAAUACAAAAAGAAAAUUGGACAUGAAUCUGACCUUGACAGCGGAAUCGCGUCUAUGCAGAAAGGAAAGAAAGGAAAGAAAGGCAAGGGCGGCGAAGAGGAGACGGCGCUCGACCGUCAGCGCCGGAAGGAUGGCAAGCGUAACAACGACAGCGACAGUGAGUACAGCUAUAAGAGCCACGUAAGCGCCGGUGGCACACGCCACGUUCAGCGGCGACGUAAACGCGCUGACGGUACGUAUAGCGACGCGGAAUCGUAUCAUAGUAGUCAAGAUGAGGAAGGUGCUAAGCGUCGACGUCAGCGACGUCGUGAACGUGAACAUCAAAACAGUGCUCAUAGUUAUUACAGUGUUGUCAGUGAGGGUGGGACGCGUCAUGUCCGCCGUCGACGUAAACGUGACGACGGAACCUACAGUGGCAGUGAAAGCUAUCAUAGUGCUGACAGUGACAAACCUGGUGGAAGACUCGCGGAAAAGAAACGAAAAGAAAAGGAAGCAAAAGCAAAGGCUGAAAAGAAGGGAAAGAAAAAGCGGGGCGGAAGCGGAAGUGAUUAUAGUUACACCAGUGAAAUUAGUGAGGGAGGAACUCGCCGGGUUACUAGGAAGAAGAAGAUAAGGGACGCACAGGGGAAUGUGAUAGGGUAUGGUGACGCCGAGUCCUUCUCAGAGUCAGAUGAAAGUGUUUACUCCGAGGUCUCCGACGGAAAAGGCGGCAAAAUGCUCGUGAAAAAACAGAAACUCACCAGCAAACAGAAAACAGAGGCCAAAAUUAAAGCAAAAGCAGAAGCAAAGGCGAAGGAGAAGAUUGGCCAGAUCAAAGGAGGGAAGUUCAAAGACGUGGGAGAUUUCAGUGACGCCUCGACCGCCUCUGACGACGUGGACCUGGAGAAUAUGACAGAGGAGGAGAAGGCCGCCUACUUCAAAGGCAAAGCGGAGCGGAAGGCGGCGCGGGAGGCCAGGCGACGCGAGAAAUACGGGGAUAAAUACGACCUGAUGGUGGAGAAACAGAAAGAGUUAAAGAAGUUGAAGAAGCUCCAGGAGUUACGAGAGAAAGGCCUUAUAAGCCCGAGCAGUGACUGGUCCAUAGACUCCGACACGGGAGAACCAGUCAGGAAGUCAGUCAAGAAAGAAGCUAAGAAGCAGAAGAUCCUCCAGGACCUCCGUGAGAAGGGGCUGAUAAGCCCGUCCAGUGACUGGACUGUCGACUCGGAGGGAAACCCCGUCAGAAUCAGCGAGCUCGUGAAGCAGGGAAAACGGAAGAAGAAGGACGGCCAUGAAGGGGACGAUGAAAGCGACGAGAGUGAGUACGACCCGGUGACUGGGAAGAAGAUUAAUAAGAAGGGUAAAAACAAAACACACAGACCGGGAGACGCUGGGCCUGACGAUUACGAAUAUGAAUAUGAUGAUCAAGGAAGAGUGAUUAGAAAGAAGAAGAAAGGAGCGGACGGCGACAGCGGGUCGGAAUACGACUAUGAAUAUGAUGAAGAUGGAAAUGUCAGAGUUGUUAAAAGACAGAAAAGUCCAAAGAAGUUCGGAGGUGGUGAAGAAGAUGCGCAGUUUGAAGUAGGAGCGGACGGCAAGAUUCGUCUCCGAGAUGGCAAGAAAAAGAUUGACCUGUCCAAACUCACGGACGAUGAUCUACGCAAGUUGGGCAUUGACCCCACACUGGAUAAGAAAGAAAUCGCCAGGUUACUUAAGGAGAGAUUUGGAGGGGACAUACAUAUAACUGACGGAGACAAGGUGAUACCCACAAAGCGCGCUAGUGAAUUUGGAAGUGAUGCAAACACGGAUGAUCUAGCCAACGACGAGGAUUUGGACGUCACUACAUUGCGGGGAAUCAAGAAGGUGAACGUUGUAUGGAAGCGUGGAGGCAAGAAGCUGCAGGACCAUAUGAAGAAGAUCCUGGAACAGAGCAAACUCAAGGAGGAUGACUAUGCCAAGGACCUGGAUGAAAAGGGAGAUAUAGAUUUCCUUACCCAUUACAAACUAGUCGACCCCGGACUUAUCGAGACUUACGCCAGGGCAUUUGUUGUCGAGGAUGACGAUUUCAACACCGUCAUAUCAGCAAAGGAAACGAGACAAGCUUUGGAAGGCGUGCCAAGUGUACAGCAGUUGACACACAAACAGUUUGAAUACGUUUUUAAGGUUUUGAAAAUAGAUGAUGCGUCCCAAGUUACGUUUAGAAUGUUUGCCGUUAUCACGGCACUAUGCGAAAGGGUGACCAAGAUGGAUCCCCUGAGUAAGUACCUGCUGGAGAUCAGCGACUUGUUGGACAUUCAGCGCAAGAUGGAGUUGUACAAGGCGAUGUUCUACUGCAACGCGGAGUCGGACCGUGACGCCAACUUCAUCAAGGCGGAAUCACUCAGGAUCGAGCUGAUUGCCGGAGGGCUGAACUGGAAACAACAGGACUUCAUCAUGGAUAGGCUGCAGCCUAACGCAUUUUUGGAGAUAUCAUUCCUGGAUUAUUUGUGUUACGUACCCCUAUUCCUAUCGAUGCACGAAAACAUCGUGGACAAUCCUCUGGACAUGCGCGAUGACAAGUAUGACCACAUGAUGCGCAAGCCGUCCGGGGGACACAGGCAGAGGGACAUGAACCCGCUAGGACACCCGCUGAAUCGGGCCUCGGUGUUCCAACUGCGGUCCCAGGCACAGGACCUUCUGGAUGGAAAGAUUAAACCGGAUGACCUUAAGGAUGAGAAGAGGAAGCUGCUGGAGAAAGUCGCCACUUUGCCAAAGAUGAUAGAAGAGGAGCAUAUAGACAUCAAGUCUGACAGCCCGCCUCCAAUGAUCUGGUCUUGACACCAAUGAACUUCAGUAGAUAGGAUUUUAAUUGAUAUAUGAUACGCAAAUGACACAUGUAUACACUACACGUCUAAGCAACUGCUUAAUUUGGGAUACACUUAUCGUAAUACUUUACAAAUACGGCGUUGAACUUGUUCCAUAAACUAUUUGUAUAUAGACCAAUAAUUUUAUUGUGCAAAGUAUAUAUUUAUUGUUAACUAGUUUUAAUGGUAUUGUUGGGUAGAAAACACCUAACACAGAGCAAAUCAAUGGCUCUCAUAGAAGACAUGUUGCAGUACACAGCUAAGGAUCAUCUCCAGCUGCCAUAGCCAGCUGCCAGUACCCCUUAUAUCAAGGAUUGUUAAUUGUUUUAAAUUUAACAAUCGUUAAAGCAUACGCGCAUCGCAUCCUUAUUAUACAAGCAUUGAGCAUGCGGAAUUCGAUAUUGAAAGGGAAGGACCCUUACGUUAUCAAGAACGGCAUGAUCAUUAUGCGAAACGGUGGAACAUACAAUGUGUAGCUAUUAUUAAUCUGAACAAAUUUCAUUCCAUAAUAUAUUCUUGGUUUCAGUCUCUUCCGCUUUAAAUCAUUUUAUGGAUGUAGCUAUUUCAUGUUUCAACCAAUAUUAUGACCUGUUUAUUUCAAGGUAUUAAUUUAUCAUAUGCAGUACAUGAAUAUAAAACUUAUAUAACAAACAAUUUUUUAUUUUUUAUUAUUUGACAUGUGGGAUAUCCCACGCAAUGUAACUUUAUUCAAAGAUGAUAAUGUUUGGUACAUUUAAAAACAAAACAGAUUGCAGGAUUGUAUCAUGUUUUCUAUACAUUCAAAUAACAAUCAACGGUAGAAAGUGCACUAUAAUAAGCCACUGUUUUUGAAGGCAUGCAUCUUCUGUGUGCAAAUGAUUUUGGUGCAAAUGAUUUUGAGGCUUCAGCUUUGCAUAUUUGUUGUAAGCUUUUAUUUUCUGAACUAAGUUACAAAAGGUUCAUGUCAGAUGUAGUUUGUGCUAUUGUACAUAUUUGUUCUUGUUAAGGAUUUGCGAAUCCCAGGUGUAUUCCACAUUGUGCCAACAGUCAGUAGGCCUUCUAGAGGUAGUACCCUGUUUAUUUGAUUUUGUGCAUAUUUAUACAUAAUAUAAAGAGAUGAGAGAGUGAAUAAAGUUUGGAAAACAGG